GGGCACGCCGAGAGUAGACAAGACAUUUGUCUCCAGGGAGGGAAAGGAGAACGAGGUGGGAAGAGGCUCCGGUUAUCUGGCCGCGUCUUUGAGCUUCGACAGCCACCAGGCGAAAACUGUCUACAGUAUUGGAACAGAACUGGUGCGAUUGGUAGGCUGCGUGGGUCCUCUCCGACCAGUUUUGGAGUCCGUGUUCCAUAGAAUGUUGCUGUACCCUCUUCCUCAGCAACGUUUAGAAUCUUUGAAGGCCCUUAAAGAGCUUCUGCGUAGUCCUAGUCGAAUGGUCGACUUUGCCGGCCCGUUGCUAGUGGAGGAAGACAGAUGCAGUCAUAUUCAAAGCGACAUGGCGUUGAUGAGGCUGGCGAUGGACUCGAUCGAGGAAUCGACGAAUGGCGGCUUGAGUAUAUUGCACGCGAGCGUUUCGUGCGUGGUCGCCAUGCUUUCGGCGCUUCAGGAGCUGUGCGAAGGAAAGGCCAUUAAUCAUACUUACACGUGCACGAUCAAUAGCCUCUAUGAGGAUCUGGAAUCCUGCGACUACCGGGGCCCUCUCACUUACCAAAGCAUGGCAAGGUUACCAAAAACUUACAGAGAGCAAUUGGAGCUGAUGAGGAAAGGAAUAGUAAGUUCGGACUCGGACUCCUCGGGCCACGGACCAUCGGAAGACGGCGACUCGACGGACACCGAGGGUCCUCAAAACGA